CAUAGUGAAGUAGGAGAAAGUGAGGACCUUCAGAGGGAAAGAUGGCGGCUGUGAGAAACAUGCAGAGACUGUGGGGAAUCGGUGUUGGUGCGAUUCGUCGAAACGCAGCACUGAAAACAUCCAAAAUCUUGCAGCAAAGAGCUUUCCGCAUCAAUGGAGCUCAGUGCCAGCAGUCGUUUGAUUCGUCCAUGGAGAAGCCUCAGUUCCCCGGCGCCUCGGCCGAGUUCAUCGAUCACCUGGAGUUCAUCCAACCCAACGUGAUCUCCGGGAUCCCCGUGUACCGAGUCAUGGACAGACGCGGCCAGAUCAUCAACCCGUCCGAGGAUCCACAGCUCUCGAAAGAUACCGUGUUGAACUUCUACCAAAAGAUGACGCUCCUGAACGCCAUGGAUCGCAUUCUGUACGAGUCUCAGAGGCAGGGUCGGAUCUCCUUCUACAUGACCAACUACGGUGAAGAGGGCACUCACAUCGGGAGUGCUGCAGCUCUCGACUCCAACGACCUGGUGUUCGGCCAGUAUCGAGAAGCAGGAGUGCUGAUGUACCGCGGCUUCCCUCUGGACCUGUUCAUGGCGCAGUGUUACGGUAAUGCGGACGAUCUGGGGAAGGGCAGGUUGAUGCCGGUGCACUACGGCUGCAGAGACCUCAACUUCGUCACGAUCUCAUCUCCUCUGGCCACUCAGCUUCCUCAGGCGGCGGGAGCAGCGUACGCUAUAAAGAGAGAGAACAGUAAUCGAGUGGUGAUCUGUUACUUCGGCGAGGGAGCUGCCAGUGAAGGAGACGCCCACGCUGGCUUCAAUUUCUCCGCCACAUUGGAAUGUCCAAUCAUCUUCUUCUGCCGCAACAACGGUUACGCCAUCUCCACCCCCACACACGAGCAGUACCGGGGGGACGGAAUCGCCGCUCGAGGCCCAGGCUACGGCAUGAUGUCUAUCCGUGUGGACGGUAACGACGUGUUUGCCGUGUACAACGCUACAAAGGAAGCUCGGCGCAGAGCGGUGGCGGAGAACCAACCUUUCCUCAUCGAGGCCAUGACCUACAGGAUCGGCCACCACAGCACGAGCGACGACAGCUCAGCGUACCGCUCGGUGGACGAGGUGAACUACUGGGACAAGCAGGACCACCCCAUCUCCCGCCUCCGACACUACAUGACCGCACGCGGCUGGUGGGGCGAGGACGAGGAGCGCGCUUGGAGGAAGCAGUCACGCAAACUCGUCUUAGAGGCCUUAGAAAGAGCCGAGAAGCGUCUCAAACCGAACCCGGAGUUAAUUUUCACCGAUGUCUAUAAUGAGUUCACUCCAGACCUGGCUAAACAGAAAGAGUCCAUGGUAAGGCACUUGCAGCAGUAUAAGGAGCACUACCCGCUAGACAUGUAUGAGAAAUAAUCACUCCCUUCCUUUCGACAUAUUCACUUCCUCUAGGGGGAUUUAGAGGGGUGUGGGUGAUGCUGCAUCUAAAACCAGGGGACGUGAAUUCAUUAAAACUCUUCAAAUAAUCAUAAAGCACAGUUACUUUCAUGCAGAUUUAAUUUCUCUGGGUGAUGUACUUCUAGGCAAAGGAGAAUCAGGAAGUGAUGCAUUCAGCUUGUUGAGACAUUUCUCUGUUACACUUUAUUAACUGUUUCCGUUAAUGCAUCCCAGAUUUUCACGACACAACAGAAAUGGGGUGUAUAUAAUUAGUUUUUUUUGCCACUAGAGGCCACUCUGUUGUGCCUUUUUGGAUCCUAGACUAGCGGGGCAGAGCGUGAGGGAGUGAGAUUUAGCUUCGAUCACGGUAUUAACCGUUCACCCUUAACCCGGGUUUAUUCUCUGUUUAAUACACUCAGGAUUGUCAGAGAGAAAUGCAUUGUAUAGCUACACAGCUAGAUCAGCUUGAGUGAGCUGUAAACACUGAUCAGUAUGAACUCAUGACAGAAAGGCAGCAGGAUUUAAUGUAUUGCGGGUUUUUGUUCGGUUAAAGGUGACUGUAUGAGCUGUGUACGGGUGGGGAGAGUCUGUGUCCUUUAACAUGCAUCAUGAAGUGGAAUUGUACCUUUUCAUCGGUUUUUCAAUGAAAGCUGCUCGGAGAGAUUUCCUUCACUGUUACAUUAUGUUUAGAAUGACAUUUGUUCAAAUGUUGAUUAUGUUUGAAUGAUUAAUAAAAUGGUUGUGGAACAUU